UUGAAGUUGAAAACGAGUUAAAACCUCCAAAAUUAUAACACCAAAAAAAUUAAGUAAGAAUCAGACAAAAACCUGUGAAGUUAAGAAUCACCAAGAUCGAGAAUAACAAAAACCCAAGAAUCGAAGCAUCUCAGAAGGGAAAAAAGUAGCGUAGCUGUAGAGGGAGGACCAGAAAUUCAAUGGGUUUCACCAUGGGUUUGAACUUCGUUCUCCUCUUAGUCAUGGUAGCUACCAAUAUCCUUUCCCUUUAUCAUCUCUCUUCCACCGUCCAAUCUCCCAACCCUCCUCCCCCUGUUCCCGUCCCUGACCACCUUCUCCGACAGCUUAACACCAUACGCGCCACCAUUAACCACCUCACGCGCCAUAACCCUUCUUCUUCAUCCACCACUGCUGAACCCAGUUCUGCUGUACCUCGAGAUCUUAUCCUCCACUCUCAGAUCGGUCCCAUUGCUUCUUCUUGUCACAACCAUCCUGAUCUUCUUCAUAGGUAUAUGAAUUACACUCCUUUUUCGACUUGCCCUUACGAUCCUGACCUCCAAGAGACGCUUAUUCUUAACGGCUGUCACCCACUUCCACGGCGGCGUUGUUUUUCUAGAACCCCAUCGAAACCGCCUUCUUCACUUCCGUUAACUCAUUUCCCGACUUCACUCCCCGAUUCCGGCGUUAUGUGGAACAAAUACUCGUGUAAAUCUUUCGCUUGUUUGUCUCAAAACAACCCCACUGGGUUCGAUCUCAACGCUCAACGCUCUUCCCUUCAAAAAUACACUUCGGAACUCGAUCUUCCCUUGACUCAGUUCAUGCAAUUGGCCAAAUCGGCUAACUCACCGAUCCGUCUCGGUAUUGACAUAGGCGGUGGAACCGGAACUUUCGCCGCACUAAUGAAGAAAUCCUACAACGUCACGAUGUUGACCACCACCAUGAACGUCAAUGCGCCUUACAAUGAAGCCGUGGCAUUAAGGGGGUUAGUGCCAUUACACGUGCCUUUACAACAAAGGUUCCCAGUUUUCGACGGCACAAUGGAUCUGGUCCGGUGUGGGAGAGCGGUGAACCGGUGGAUACCAUUGUCGGUGAUGGAAUUCAUGUUCUACGAUGUGGAUAGAGUGUUGAGAGGUGGUGGGUAUUUGUGGGUGGAUCGAUUCUUUAGCAAAGCAGUGGAUCUUGAGAAAAUUUAUGGGCCAUUGAUUGGUAAGCUUGGAUACAAGAAAGUGAAAUGGGCAGUGGCUAACAAGACAGAUCCUAGUGGUUUGAAACAUGGUGAAGUUUAUUUGUCUGCUUUGUUACAAAAGCCUGUUUCAAAAUCAUGAUGGGGAAAAAUUGAAGAUUCAUUCAACAUUUAGGAUAUAUGAUAUCGGAUCACGCGGAAAACAUGCCCGCCGACUGUCGGUUUGCUCUCGACAAAAACUGGAAUGAAUUUUAUUUAUUGGAUUAGGAUUUUAUAUCGUGUAUUAAGUGUCCAAAAAAAGUUUAUAAAAGGACCCGAGGGUAUUGUAAAAUCACAGAGGUAGCUGUCUGGGGAAAAAGGGUCAAAAGUAGAUGGCUGAAAGCAUAUUUUUUUUCAAGUUAUUGUUAUAACAUUUUGUUGCUGUCUACAACUGAUAAUCUGUAGAACAAUCCGAAAUAAAUGGAUUAAUACCAUGUUUUUUUUCCUUCA